AGCCCCGCCCCGAAGUUUGAGGGGUGUGGACGGUUUGUGACCCCCUUAGCCGACCCUACUCCUCACUGGCCGGGACAACUGGUCUUAUCACGGAGGCUGGGGCCAGGCAGCCCUUCGGUUCGGGUGGGCCCAUGGACCCGAGUCCAACGCCGAGGGAAUAGGACCAUCCAAAAGCGGAAACUUCGCCUCAGAAAAAGGGUGCGGGACCCCUCCUCACCGUGCGGUCACGUGUGCCAGGCACUGUGCCAAGUAUUUUGCUUCGAUGAUUUCACGUCAUCUUCAAAACAACCUCAUGAGAUAAUUAUUUGAGCAACUACUGGGGCAUUAUAUUGGACACUUCAGUACCAAGAGAAAUACAUACGAUCCUUGUCUACCAGGAGUGUAAUAGAAAGAUGGACAGGGCUGGGUCAGUUAGAACCUAAACAAACUAGAGACCUGGUUGCAACCCCUCAGGCUCUGCUGAUGCUGUCCCCCUUUGUUCCUGCAGCGUGGACCCUGCCAGCAGCCAGGCCAUGGAGCUCUCUGAUGUCACCCUCAUUGAGGGUGUGGGUAAUGAGGUGAUGGUGGUGGCAGGUGUGGUGGUGCUGAUUCUAGCCUUGGUCCUAGCUUGGCUCUCUACCUACGUAGCAGACAGCGGUAGCAACCAGCUCCUGGGCGCUAUUGUGUCAGCAGGCGACACAUCCGUCCUCCACCUGGGGCAUGUGGACCACCUGGUGGCAGGCCAAGGCAACCCCGAGCCAACUGAACUCCCCCAUCCAUCAGAGGGUAAUGAUGAGAAGGCUGAAGAGGCUGGUGAAGGUCGGGGAGACUCCACAGGGGAGGCUGGAGCUGGGGGUGGUGUUGAGCCCAGCCUUGAGCAUCUCCUUGACAUUCAAGGCCUGCCCAAAAGACAAGCAGGUGCAGGCAGCAGCAGUCCAGAGGCCCCCCUGAGAUCUGAGGAUAGCACCUGCCUCCCUCCCAGCCCUGGCCUCAUCACUGUGCGGCUCAAAUUCCUCAAUGAUACCGAGGAGCUGGCUGUGGCUAGGCCAGAGGAUACCGUGGGUGCCCUGAAGAGCAAAUACUUCCCUGGACAAGAAAGCCAGAUGAAACUGAUCUACCAGGGCCGCCUGCUACAAGACCCAGCCCGCACACUGCGUUCUCUGAACAUUACCGACAACUGUGUGAUUCACUGCCACCGCUCACCCCCAGGGUCAGCUGUUCCAGGCCCCUCAGCCUCCUUGGCCCCCUCAGCCACUGAGCCACCCAGCCUUGGUGUCAAUGUGGGCAGCCUCAUGGUGCCUGUCUUUGUGGUGCUGUUGGGUGUGGUCUGGUACUUCCGAAUCAAUUACCGCCAAUUCUUCACAGCACCUGCCACUGUCUCCCUGGUGGGAGUCACCGUCUUCUUCAGCUUCCUAGUAUUUGGGAUGUAUGGACGAUAAGGACAUAGGAAGAAAAUGAAAGGCAUGGUCUUUCUCCUUUAUGGCCUCCCCACUUUUCCUGGCCAGAGCUGGGCCCAAGGGCCUGGGAGGGAGGGGUGGAAAGGAUGUGAUGGAAAUCUCCUCCAUAGGACACAGGAGGCAAGUACGCGGCCUCCCCUUCUCAUCCACAGGAGUACAGAUGUCCCUCCCGUGCAAGCACAACUCAGGUAGAAAUGAGGAUGUCAUCUUCCUUCACUUUUAGGGUCCUCUGAAGGAGUUCAAAGCUGCUGGCCAAGCUCAGUGGGGAACCUGGGCUCUGAGAUUCCCUCCCACCUGUGGUUCUGACUCUUCCCAGUGUCCUGCAUGUCUGCCCCCAGCACCCAGGGCUGCCUGCAAGGGCAGCUCAGCAUGGCCCCAGCACAACUCCGUAGGGAGCCUGGAGUAUCCUUCCAUUUCUCAGCCAAAUACUCAUCUUUUGAGACUGAAAUCACACUGGCGGGAAUGAAGAUUGUGCCAGCCUUCUCUUAUGGGCACCUAGCCGCCUGCACCUUCUUCCUCUACCCCUUAGCAGGAAUAGGGUGUCCUCCCUUCUUUCAAAGCACUUUGCUUGCAUUUUAUUUUAUUUUUUUAAGAGUCCUUCAUAGAGCUCAGUCAGGAAGGGGAUGGGGCACCAAGCCAAGCCCCCAGCAUUGGGAGCAGCCAGGCCACAGCUGCUGCUCCCGUAGUCCUCAGGCUGUAAGCAAGAGACAGCACUGGCCCUUGGCCAGCGUCCUACCCUGCCCAACUCCAAGGACUGGGUAUGGAUCGCUGGGCCCUAGGCUCUUGCUUCUGGGGCUAUUGGAGGGCCAGUGUCUGUGACUGAAUAAAGUUCCAUUUUGUGGUCCUGCA